AUGUGGAAGAUAAGACCCACAGAUCCUAAGGCAGUCAUGCCGACAGUUAAACAACUCCUGAGGCUAUCCGGGUUCAGUCAAAAUGCAGAACAUAUUGGAAAAAUAAUUCUGCCGAAUCUGUUUGUCUAUGUUGCAGGGUUGCUGAUACCAAAAGUUUGCUUUCCGUACCCCAAUAGCUCUGCCAUGAUACAGGGUUUAGCUGAGCUGAUAUUUUUUACCAAUAUCUUUGUUGGGGUCUACUGUAUAAUUCUUCAACAUGAUCGUUUCCGGAAGUUGCUGAACACCAUUGACAUUUUUGUUAAUCUCGUACAUCGUUCAUCUGAUCAAGAAGAAUUUCUACAAGAGCGAGCAUUAAUCACACUUAAUCGAAAGGUUCAAAAGGUAUCAACGAUUUAUUGGUAUUAUGCAAUAAUAACAGCUUCCGCCUACUGGUCCGUACCAAGUCUGGCGACGUAUCGUUCCAUAUACCUAGCAAGCAUGUCAGAAAAUAGAUCUUCGAUCCAGUAUUACCCUAAUCUGGAAGCAUCGUUCUACUGGCUCGACAAUCGUAACACAGUGCUAGGUUACGUUAUCUACGGCAUAGUCACUUUCAUAGCAUUUGCGUUCGCUUGCUACAAUCAUACCACAAAAUUGCUUACUAUCCUUACCUCGAUCAAAUACUGUACUACUCUUCUGCAAAUUGUUAGUAUUAAAAUUGAGAAUUUGGAUCGUACAGCUGCAGACAACAUUGAUCGUGAGUUGAAAAGGGUAGUACAAAUGCACGAUCUCGCUCUACGCUGCGUUACACUACUAAAUCGCACAUUAAGUCUUGUGAUUUCGCUGCAACUCGCUCUUUGCAUGGUGACAUGGUGUCUUACACUCCUUUACGUUCUAUCGAUCGGACUCGAUCUGUCAGCAGCAAAUGGUUUAAUUAUCAUGAUCAAUAUAACAUUAGAAAUGUUCGGUUACUGCUUUUUCUGUACCGAACUUUCUACUGCCGGCACACACGUUGCCCGUCAGACGUACGCAUUACGCUGGGAGCAGUAUCCUUCGAGUACCCAGAAGCUAGUACAGAUGAUCAUAGCACGUGGGCAGCAACCGUUACGCCUUACAUCGUUUGGCUUUGUAACAGUUAAUGUGGAGCUAUUUGCCAAGGUGGUCAAAACAUCUUACUCAGUCCUCAUAGUGAUGAAAGAUUUCCUAUAG